AUGGCCGCCAUGUCGCUCGGCUUCAUCGUCCUCGUGACGCCCUGGACGCUGCAGGAGGUCGUCGCAGCGUGCACGGGUUCCAAGGCGCCGCCGUUCCUGGACUUCCUGGCGACGUGGCUGGCGCUGAGCCACAGCUUCUGGAGCCCGUUCCUCUUCUGGCUGCUCGACGGCCACUUCCGGCGCGUCUGCCGCACCCUGCUGCUCACCAAGAUCUGGUGCCGGCGGCGCAGCAAGGCGCGCUGCCCCGGCUCUCCGCGGGACCUGGAGUGCCUGAGCGAGCAGCGCUGGGGCGAGAUCCUGGAGCGCGCCGUCUCCUCCAGCAGCCUCCAGGCGCUGCAGAGGCUGUACGGGCCCCCGGAGCUGCCGCCCCCGGCGCCGCCCCCGCGAGCACUGCCCGAGCCGCCGCCCCCCGCCGGUUCGCACAUGUGA